AUGGACAGGGGCUUGGAAUGGCAGGAGGAGGAGGAGGAGGAGGAGGAGGAGGAGGAGGAGGAGGAGGAGGAGGAGGAAUGGGCUGUUGGAGAGGGCCUGGGGCAGGCAGGGGGCAGCAGGGGCAUCGAGGGGGUGAGAGUCAACAGCGACCUGCUGAGGCCGGUGGCAGUGGAGGUGGACCCUGAGCUGCAGCGAGCCUGCUCGGAGCAGAAGGAGCAGAUCAAGGCUCUCAACAACAGGUUUGCAGUCUUCAUCGACAAGGUGCAGUGCCUGGAGAGGCAGAACCAGGCCCUGCUGGCCAAGUGGCAGCUGCUGCAGCAGCAGAGCUCCGGCCCCGAGGAGCGCAGGAGCAUCACCUCCUUCUUCCAGGCUUACAUCAGCAACCUGCAGCGGCAGCUGGAGACCCUCCGGAGCCAGAAGGAUCAGCUGGACCCCGAAGCCUACAACCUGCUGCAGCUUGUGGAAGACUACAAGAACAGAUUUGAGGAUGAGAUCAACAAAAGGACCUCAAAAGAAGAGGAAUUUGUGGAGCUCAAAAAGGAGCUGGACAGUGCCUACAUGGGGAAAACAGAGCUGGAUGUGAGGGUGGAGAUCCUGAAGCAGCAGCUGGAGUUCCUCAGGUGCCUGCACGAAGCUGAGUUGUCCCAGCUGCAGGCUGUGGUGGGCAGCACCAACGUGGUCCUGUCCCUGGACAAGCACCGGGAGCUGGACCUGGAGGCUGUGGCGGCAGAGGUCAGGCAGGAGUAUGAGGCCAUUGCUGAGAGGAGCAAAGCUGAGGUGAAAGCCUUGUACCAGGGCAGGUUCCAGGACCUGCAGAAGCUCUGGGCCAGCCAACAGGAGCAGCUCAAGAGCAGCUACAAGGACAUCCAGGAGCUGGUCAGGCAGAUCCACAGGCUGCAAACAGAGGUUGAAAUGGCAAAGAAGCAGAGUGACCACCUGCAGGAGACCCUGAGGGCUGCUGAGCUGCGUGGGAGCUCUGCUGUCAGAGAUGGCCAAGAGAAGCUGCAGGAGCUGGAGAGUGUCCUGCAGCAGGCCAGAGGGGACCUCAGUCACCUCCUGCACGACUACCAGGAGAUGCUGGGGGUGAAGAUGGCUUUGGACAUCGAGAUUGCCACGUACAGGUCACUGCUGGAGGAGGAGGAGACCAGGCUCCAGGAGGGGUCCCCUGCCACCAUCUGUGUCACUGACCACAGCACCACUGCCACUGGAGUCUUUGGAGCAGCACCUGGAGGCUGGCAAAGAACCAAGGGGGGGCCAAGCUCUGAUGGGGGCAGCAUGAGCAGGAGAGGCUCAAUCAGUGGAGGAGGAAAAGGAGGCAGCUCUGGAGGUUGGGGCUCCAGCUCUGGCAGUGGAGGCUCCAUGUCUGGAGGGGGCAAAGGCUCUGGAGGAGGAGGAAGCUCCGGAGGGUGGGGCUCCAGCUCAGUGGAGGUUCCAUCUGUGGUGGUGGAGGAGGAGGAGGAGGCAAAGGCUCUGGAGGUGGAAGCAUCUCUGGAGGAGGAGGAGGGAGCAAAGGCUCUGGAGGAGGAGGCAGCUCUGGAGGUUGGGGCUCAAGCUCUGGCAGCUCCAUUUGUGGUGGUGGUGGUGGAGGAGGAGGCAAAGGGUAUAGGGGUGGAGGCAGCUCUGGAGGAGGAGGCAGCUCUGGAGGUUGGGGUUCCAGCUCUGGCAGUGGAGGCUCCAUCUGUGGUGGUGGUGGAGGAGGAGGAAGUAAAGGCUCUGGGGGUGGAGGCAGCUCUGGUGGGAAAGGAUCUAUGUCUGGAGGAGGAGGCAGCUCAGGUCAUAGAGGAUCCAGCUCUGGCAGCUCCAUUUGUGGUGGUGGAGGAGGAGGGAGCAAAGGCUCUGGAGGAGGAGGUAGCUCUGGUGGGUGGGGCUCCAGCUCUGGCAGUGGAGGCUCCAUCUGUGGUGGUGGAGGAGGAGGAGGCAAAGGCUCUGGAGGAGGAGGCAGCUCUGGCAGUUGGGGCUCCAGCUCUGGCAGCUCCAUCUGUGGUGGUGGAGGAGGAGGAGGAGGCAAAGGCUCUGGAGGUGGAGGCAGCUCUGGAGGAUGGGGAAAAGGGUCAAUCUCUGGAGGAGGAGGAAGCUCAGGCCAAGGAGGCUCCAGCUCUGGCAGUGGUGGCUCCAUUUGUAGAGGAGGAGAAAGCUCUGGAGGUGGAAGCAUCUGUGGAGGAGGAGGAGGAGGGAGCAAAGGCUCUGGAGGUGGAGGCAGCUCUGGCAGUUGGGGCUCCAGCUCUGGCAGUGGAGGUUCCAUCUGUGGUGGUGGAGGAGGAGGAGGCAAAGGCUCUGGAGGUGGAAGCAUCUCUGGAGGAGGAGGAGGGAGCAAAGGCUCUGGAGGUGGAGGCAGCUCUGGCAGUUGGGGCUCCAGCUCUGGCAGUGGAGGUUCCAUCUGUGGUGGUGGAGGAGGAGGAGGCAAAGGCUCUGGAGGUGGAAGCAUCUCUGGAGGAGGAGGAGGGAGCAAAGGCUCUGGAGGUGGAGGCAGCUCUGGCAGUUGGGGCUCCAGCUCUGGCAGUGGAGGUUCCAUCUGUGGUGGUGGAGGAGGAGGAGGCAAAGGCUCUGGAGGUGGAAGCAUCUCUGGAGGAGGAGGAGGGAGCAAAGGCUCUGGAGGUGGAGGCAGCUCUGGAGGUUGGGGCUCCAGCUCUGGCAGUGGAGGUUCCAUUUGUGGAGGAGGAGGAGAGGGAGGUGGAGGCAAAGGCUCUGGAGGAGGAGGAGGCGGCAGCUCUGGCAGUUGGGGCUCCAGCUCUGGCAGUGGAGGUUCCAUCUGUGGUGGUGGAGGAGGAGGAGGAGGCAAAGGCUCUGGAGGUGGAAGCAUCUCUGGAGGAGGAGGAGGGAGCAAAGGCUCUGGAGGUGGAGGCAGCUCUGGAGGUUGGGGCCCCAGCUCUGGCAGUGGAGGCUCCAUCUGCGGUGGUGGCAGUGGAGGAGGAGGCGGCAAAGGCUCUGGAGGUGGAGGCAGCUCUGGAAGUUGGGGCUCCAGCUCUGGCAGUGGUGGCUCCAUCUGCAAAGGAGGAGGAAGCUCAGGCAGUGGAGGCUCCAUGUCUGGAGGUGGAGGAUGCAUCUCUGGAGGAGGAGGAAGCAAAGGCUAUGGGGGUGGAGGCAGCUCUGGAGGUGGAGGCAGCUCUGGAGGAGGAGGCAGCUCUGGCAGUUGGGGCUCCAGCUCUGGCAGUGGAGGCUCCAUCUGUGGUGGUGGUGGAGGAGGAGGCAAAGGCUCUGGAGGUGGAGGCAGCUCUGGAGGGUGGGGCUCCAGCUCUGGCAGUGGAGGCUCCAUCUGUGGUGGUGGUGGAGGAGGAAGCAAAGGCUCUGGAGCUGUGGUAG